AUGGAAGGCAGGACGGAGCCUCCUGGUAAAGACUUACGGUUGUAUACACGCUCACAAACCAUCAACUCAUCCGUCUCGACCAUAACGCAGCAGACCGCCGUCGCACGUAUCAACGACAACAGUAACUGGGAAAAGCGGCAGGAAGACACUGCAGACUCAAAUCCUCAUGACGCUCAUGGCAUGGCUUCGGGGGACGAUACGGACGUCGAGCAAGGCCCUGAUAUAGUGGUGACGCCAAAGGAUGCCGCUAUAGAUCCAAGCAGCUAUCCGGACGGAGGAAUAGAGGCAUGGACUGUUGUCUUUGGAGGAUUCUGCGCCUUGUUCGUGAGCUUUGGAUGGAUCAACUGCGUUGGUAUCUUCCAGGACUAUUACCAGGCUCACGACCUGAAGUCCUACUCUCCAAGUUCAGUGGCCUGGAUCCCUUCUCUGGAACUCUUCAUGAUGUACAUUGUUGCACCGUUAUCCGGCAAGGGAUUCGAUAAUUUUGGCCCACGGUAUCUCCUGAUAGGUGGAUCAGCAUUCCAUGUAUUUGGCCUGAUGAUGACCUCGCUUUCGAGUGAAUAUUACCAGUUCCUCCUUGCACAGGGUGUCUGCAGCCCCCUCGGUGCCGGGUUUCUCUUCUAUUCAUCGAUGAACAGCACCGUCACUUGGUUCUAUAGGAAACGGGCUCUGGCCGUGGGUAUCGUAGCCAGUGGUUCCAGUCUCGGAGGCAUCAUCAUGCCCAUCAUGAUCACCAAACUUAUACCCAUGCUCGGCUUCCCAUGGGCUAUGCGUGUCUGUGCCUUUUUGAUCCUGGCACUGUGCACCGUCGCAUGUAGCUGCAUCAGGGCUAGAAUUCCACCUCAUCCCAGGCCGCUGGUGCUCAAGGAAUUCUUCACACCCUUCCUGGAGAUGCCUUUUGUUCUCCUUACCGCAGCGACCUUCCUCUACUGCUUCGGUAUGUUCUUGCCAUUCACCUUCCUGGUUCUACAUGCAAGGAGGUUUGGCGUACCGGACAGUCUCGCGAGCUACUUGGUAUCGAUAUUCAACGCAGCAAGCAUCUUUGGGCGUACUAUACCUGGCUACGCCGCCGACCGUAUGGGACUAUUCAACGUGGUAAUCAUCAUGUCGUUUUUCAGUGUCAUCGUCGUCUUUGCCAUAUGGAUACCGUCCCACGGCACCGUACCAGACGUGGUAUUUGCGAUCCUCUUUGGUUUUGCAUCUGGCUCCCUCGUCUCUCUGCCACCGAGCCUCGUCGCUUAUAUAUCAGACGUGCGCCAAAUCGGCGUAAGAAGCGGUGCCAUGUUUGCAACCGUCUCGAUAGCUGUGCUAUUGGGCAACCCGAUAGGCGGGUCUCUGGUUCCAGACGUCGUCCACGGUGAUUACUGGAGAAUGCAGGUAUUUUCCGGGUCAAUGCUGCUUGCUGGGAGCAUGUUUUUCGUCUUCACCCGCGUGAGACUGGCUGGAACAGUCAUCAUGAAGAAGAUAUAA